UUAAGUUAAAUGUUAAAGACUCAUAACAUAUAAAAUGGAGUACAAUGUCAUCAUUAAAACAUUUGUGGUUGGAAAAGGUAAAGGACUACCUAUUAAAUUAAUCAGAUUGAAAAUGAAUUUUCGAUAUAUAUUUAGAAUGGUAGAGUAAUGCAAUUGUAAUAUUUGAAAUAAAUAAAUGAAUUUAGAGAGUAAAUACCUCAUUAAUUAUCGAAUAAUGAAACCGAUACAAACUUAGAAUUAGUGAAACAUUUAACUUAGAAAAGAGAAGUUAAUUAAAAUAAUGGGAAGAUAGGAUAAUUAAUGAUGUUUUGGAAAUAAUAAAGAAUUAAGGCAGGAGGAUUUUAUAAUGAUAAUGAGUAGAAAUUAGGAAGAUGGAUUGAGUUAUCCAAUAAUUUUUGGGAGUAAAACGAAUUUGAUUAGUAAUAGAAAAUCCUAAAUUUUCAUUGAAGGAUAAUAUGAAGAAGGGAAAAAGUAAGGGAGGUGGAAUAUAAUAAAUUUAGAAAAGAAAAUGUAUAAAUUAGUAAAUGAUAGCAAGAGGAGGGGGUAAUUAUGAUGAAAAUGGAUUAAAGAAUGGAAAAUGGAAGGAAUAGCAUAAUAAUUUUUAUGAGUAGAGUUAUUUAUAUAAUAUUUGUAAGUUUAUGUGAAGUAUAUUUUGUUGGUGAAUAUAAAUUAGGUUAGAGAAUAGGAUUUUGGAAUAUUAUUAAUAGAUAUAAAUAAAUGUAUUAUGAUAGAAUAAUUGAUAGUGGUGGAGGAAUCUAUAAUGAAAAUGGAUUAAAACAUGGGAAAUGGAUUGAAACACAUGAAUAUUUUUUUAAGUAUGAUAUUAUUACAAAUUGUUAGUUUUUGUUAAGUAUUAUAUGUUGGUUAAUAUGAAAAUGGAAGAAAAUAUGGUAGAUGGGAUACAUUACAUUUAAAAUUGGGAUCAAUAUAAUAUGAAGUUAUUGGAGGAGGUAAUUAUGAUGAUUUUGAAUUGAAAAAUGGGAUGUGGAGAGAAUUACAUUAAAAUUUUUAAGAGUAUAUAAGUUGAUAAAAUUUAAAGAUUUUCAGUUGUUGUUUAUGAAGGAUUAUAUUAAGAUAAUUUAAAAAUAGGAUAAUGGUAGAUCUAAUAUAGAAAGUAUGGAGAGGAAGAUAUCGAAAUAAUGUAAAAUAAAUAAAUGAAAUAUCUUAAGAGGAUCAGGAUAUUAUGAAGAAGAUAAAAAAGUAGGAGUUUGGAAAGAAUAAGCUACAAAUUUUUGGGAGUAAAUAUAAAUAUAAUUAAUAAUUAGUGAAAGUUUAAUAUAUCAUGCUGGAGAAUAUUACAAAGGAAAGAAAAUAGGGAAAUGGAAUAUUAUUUAUAAGAAUUACUUAAUGUAAUUAUAAAAUUUAUUCUGUAGAGGUGGUGGAUAAUAUAAUUACGAAGGUUAAAAACAUGGAAAUUGGAUUGAUGUAGAUGAAAAUUACUCAUUGUAUAUAUAGUUGAUAUUAGUAAAAUAGAUCAAAAUCAAUCUUAUAUUAAGGUGUUUAUUAAAAUGGAAAUAAAGUUGGAAUCUGGUUUACUAUUGAUGAUAUUUCUGAAGGAUUCACCUAAUAUAUGUAAAUAUUUUAUAAAAAUAAAAGGGCUUUAGGUUUUUAUAAUUAUGAAGGAAUGAAAAAUGGAAGAUGGCUAGAUUUAGUAGAAAAUUAUAGGGAGUAAAAAUAAUAAUUUAAUAUUAUAGAAAUUCUUAAGUUAUGUAAAAAGGUAAUUAUAAAAAUGGUAUAAUGUAUGGAAAAUGGAAUUUCGUAUAUAAACACCACAAUUCAUUAAAUUUUCAUGAAUUGUAUGUACAUUAAAUUAUUAUAAUCUAGAGGUGGAGGAUAAUAUGAUGAAAAUGGAAAAAGAGAUGGACCAUGGUUGGAAUUAGUUGACAAUUUUUAAGAGUAUCAUUUAUUUAGUUUAUAAUCUUUAGAAAUUGUUAAGUUAUACUGGUGGGAGAAUAUAAAAAUGGUUACAAACAAGGAAAAUGGAAUGCUCUAUUUAGACCUUUAAACGAAUAUACUUAUCAAACACUGUAUUCAAUAAUUAUAUAUCUAGAGGAGGAGGAGAGUAUAGAGAAAAUGGUUUUAAAAAUGGAAAAUGGACAGAAAUACAUGAAAACUUUUCCAAGUAAUUUUGUUAUUAUUAUGUCAGUUUUUGGAGGUAAACUAAUAUUUUUGAAUAUUAAAAUGGGUGUAAAUUAAAAUAAAUUGCUUGA